AUGCAUCUCUCCACUCUCGUCUCGGCCCUCGCCCUCGUCAUUGGCAGCUACGCCGCCACCUCUUCCUCCAACAUCCACACAGCCACGGCAACGACGCUCCACUCCACGGUAAUCGCGGUCGCCACCCCGCUGGCGUGGUUCGACGCGUACGCGUACUGCCAGCAAAUCGGCCACACCAUUUACCCCGUGCCCGCCACGCCGACGGACCCGGUGCUCGAGGCGUUCGAGGCGCUCCCGGGCGAUCGGUACUGGGUUCAGCGGCGGACGGGCCAGUCGUGCACGUGUCUGAGCGAGAACGCCGGGUCGGACAUGGUGGAGGAGGCGCCGUGCGGGGAUCUGCUGCCCUUCUUCUGCAAGGACUGCACGUGGGGCGGGGACGGCUGUUGA